AACUCCGAUUUCACUCCUAAAUUGUAUCAACUGAAUCACGAAAAAACCUCACUUUUUUCUUUUUCCGAUCUGGGUUUUAUAUUUUUCACCAGUCAAUCAUGGGGAAUCUGAUCAGUCUGAUCUUCUGCUGCGGGAGAAGGCGGAUGAGCCAUAUUCCUCCGGCGAUGGAAACGGCUCCUCUUGAACUCUCAGCGAAUAGAUUUGUAUUCGCCGCCGGGCCACCGUAUCUGAACCCUAACUACUUUGAUCAGUAUCCAGGUUACUGCCUUCCUCCGCCGCAGCCGCAGCCGCUGCCUUACAGUCUCCACCACUUACAUCAAUAUCAUCCCCACAGUUACCAACUACCUCAUCCUUUGAUUCCCGGCGGUAGACACCCGAUGCUACCGCCUCCGUACGUCCAUGAGAAAGCCGUCACGAUUCGUAACGAUGUUAAUCUGAAGAAGGAGACUUUAAGGCUCAUACCCGACCCGGAGAAUCCGAAUCGACUUCUUGUCUCCUUCACAUUUGAUGCAGCUGUGCCCGGAAGGAUCACAGUUGUUUUCUUUGCUACAGAAGAAGAAGAAGGCAAUCUUAGAGCAACAAAGGAAGAUACUUUGCCUCCAAUCACACUUGAUUUCGGAAUAGGACUUGGUCAGAAGUUCAUACAACCAUCUGGAACGGGUAUUGACUUGACGGCAUUUGCAGAUUCCGAGCUAUUCAAGGGGGUGGAUACAGAUGUCUUCCCGUUGGCGAUUAAGGCGGAGGCAACUCCUGCGGAAGAAGGAAAGUCGGGUUCCACCAAUGGGCAGAUUACUCAAGUGGUGUAUACCAAGGAGAAAGGAGAGAUUAAGAUAGAAGUGGUGAAGCAGAUACUAUGGGUGAAUAGGAUGAGAUAUGAGUUGCGGGAGAUUUAUGGGAUUGAGAACACGGCUGAUGGUUGUGACGAGGGAAAGGAAUGUGUUGUAUGCAUGUCUGAACCACGCGAUACAACUGUUCUUCCUUGCAGACACAUGUGUAUGUGCAGCGGGUGCGCAAAAGCGUUAAGGUUUCAGACAAAUAUGUGUCCAAUUUGCAGACAACCUGUAGAGAGGCUUUUGGAGAUUAUGGUAAACGGAAACAAGAAUGGGAGAAUUGGAGAUAGAGAUGAACAAAUUUAGUUAAGCAAUAGACUUGUGUAAUAUUUGCCAUGCUUAAUUAAGACAUAAAAUGUUAUGGUUCAA